UAGGGCAAGCCGCUUCCUGGUUCUCAGAAAGGAGGAGCUGGGAGUCGGAGUGGGCCAGCGGAGGCAGAAGACAGGGGGUCAGAGCAGCCCAGAGAGCCGGCGGUCUGCAGAAAGAAGCGAAGGGAGCUAGAACAGGGAGAGGAAAAAAAAAAACGCCGACGCACAAUUUGGCGAGUAAUAAAACCUCGCAGGUGUCGAGCCGAGGACUACAGGGGCGGCGAACCCCCCCCCGCCCCGUUCGCCCCCUCCAGGCGAAGAAGAAGCAAGAGCUGGAAGCAUAAAAAAUAAAUAUAAGAAGUAGAAGUCUGCAAGGUGGGAAGGAAUAAUCCAGGAAGUGUGGAGGACGGUCAGGUGGGAGGCGACGAACCAGGACAGGUGACACACCGGCACUCAGGUGUAUGACCUCUGCGGACCUCUCUGCAAAGAACCAAAGAGGAGGGGGGGGUGUGUGUGUGUGAAAGAGAGAGAACAGAAAGCAGGCACCCAUCUUCUCCUAGGUUUAUGGACUGGAGGUGGUAAUGUCUCCAGGAGAGGACGGGCUGAUUGGGAUUCCCUUCCCGGAGCACAGCAAUGAGCUCUUGUCCCAUCUCAAUGACCAGAGAAGGACAGGGCUCCUGUGUGAUCUCACUCUGACUUCCCGCGGGGCACGCUACCCGACGCACCGCUCUGUCAUGGCUGCCGUCAGUCUGUACUUCCGCCGGCUGUUUGGCACAGAGGAAGGGGGCGGCGAGGGCGGAGGAGGUUUCAGCGUUUGCCAGCUGGACUGUGUGGCACCUGACGCCUUGGAUGCUCUGCUGGAGUUUGCCUACACUGCCACCUUAACGAUCCCCAGCUCUGGGAUGAGAGAUGUGCUGCGAGGGGCUCAGCUUCUGGGCAUCCAGUGCGUGGCUGAUGCCUGCAGAGACAUCCUGGGGGAGACUGCGGAGGCAGAGGGGGAGGCAGCAGAGGAGCAGAGAGCCCAACACACAGCUACUGAGAGAAUGAUAGAGAGAGAGAAGGUAAUAGAGAAAAAGUCCAGAAGAAAAAUAGAUGGAAGGAAGGUGAAAAAAAUUGGGCCACAUCACAACAUCAACUCCUCACCUUUGAACCCACCUCCUGCUUCUCCCAUCUCGCACCCUUCACCUGCAUCUGACAGCCUUCGUUCCCUGCCCUCUACCCAGCCUCCUAGCCCUGAACAGCAGGAGCUUCGCCUCACACCUGGCCAGAAUGGGGAUCCUAAAGAGAUUAGAGAACCUGGCAGAGGGGCCACACUAAAUGGAGGCCUCCCUUACUGGCUACAAGAGCGCCCCCGUAUAGCCCACCCACCACCCAAACCACCCUUGAAUGACAAGCUCUCAGGGGAUGAUGAGAUUGAGGGUUUGGGCGAUGAUGGUAUGCUGAUAGGAAGAACCUCCUUGCCUACCUCUGUAGCUAAUCGAGGUGCAGCCACUUCAAUAGUGGCAGGAGGUAGGAAGAGGAAGUCUCAGACCCCCCAACAAUGUCCUGUCUGUCAGAAAAUCAUCCAUGGAGCAGGAAAACUGCCACGACACAUGAGAACACACACUGGAGAGAAACCCUUCCAGUGCACUGCUUGUGGAGUCCGCUUCACCCGCAAUGAUAAAUUGAAGAUCCACAUGAGGAAACACACAGGCGAGCGGCCCUACCCAUGCCCCCACUGCCCUGCCCGCUUUCUGCAUUCCUAUGACCUCAAAAACCACCUGUCCCUCCACAGUGGAGCACGGCCCUUCGAGUGCCCGCUUUGCCACAAGGCGUUUGCCAGGGAGGACCAUCUCCAGCGUCACCGCAAGGGUCACAGCUGCCUAGAGCUACGCACACGUCGGCCCAGACGUGGGCCUGAGCUGGUGGAGGAUGGUUUCAUUGAUGGAGGCAUGAGGGAGCAGUCCAACUCCCUGGAGGCUAUGUCUUUGCAGGGCCACUCCUCUACAUUCCUCCCCCGCACAGUGCUUGAAGGGGGAAGUGGCUCGGGCACUGGCCCUCCUCUUAUAUUUCCAGGUGACAUAGAGAGGGAGCGCUCUCUCGCCCUUCAGGCUCUGGCCCAAUUUGGGUCUCAGGGGCUAGCCAGCUACCCUGAGCUUUUCUUGCGAGGGCUGGAAAUGCGAGCAAACAGGGAGGCGGAGGGAGAAGAUCCAGGAAGAACCCACUCACCAGCUACGCAACGUGACCGGUGGGCCGAUGAAAUAGAAGAGGAAAUUGGAGAUGAGGAGGCAGAAGAAGAGGAAUAGUGAAAAGAGAAUGUCUGUUUGAUUGAAUGUGUGUAUGUGCGUGUGGUAAAACAUCCACAAUAAAAACAAAAGAAAAAAAUCACUCAGGUGGCUGGACUAAUUACCUGCUGCUCACAGAUAGAGAGCGCUUAAAAAUAAAAAACAAAUAUUAAAAGAAAAAUUAUAUUAAAAGAAAAAUUGUAAAACGGGUUUUCUGAGAUAUUUUAAAUGUUUGUCUUCUGGUUGUUGGCAUUUGAUUUCAUUUGUCUUUUAAAGUUUAUUUCUUGUUUGCUGUUUAAUUUCAUGUACUUUAGGUCUGAGCUGUUUCUUAUGUCUUGAUUUUAUUUUUUUGAGCUGGUGUGUGUCAGUGUGUGUGUUGUUCUUGGGAUGCUUUUUACUAUGCAAACUCAAAUCCAUAGCUGCGGCAUGGAAUGAUAAUUUAAGAUGUAUAUUUUAGUUACAACCUAAGUUGAUUCAGGUGCAGUUCAGGAGUCAUAUCACCUAGAUCACAACAAUGAGUUUGUGUGCCCUGUCCUCUGGUGGUUAUCAGUGGAAAUACAGUCUAAAUAAUUAGACUUACUCUGUGCAUUGAAAGCAAUAAUCUUACCUAUUUUUGUUAGCGGUACAGUGAGCUUUGAUUUGGUGCUUAAACCAAAGAUUUUAGGUUUUUCUUAAGCGGAGGGGAGAGAGGUGAACUGUAGCCAAUGUUGGGUUUGAAGACAAGAUUCUUCCCAACUGUUUUGAUAGCCAUGAGAACGAAUCUGCUUCUGCAUUUGAGUGUUUAAGAGCUGCAGAUCUCUGUGACCAAAAGAGACAAAGUCUGGGUCAGUGAGUUGAUGCUGAUAAAUGGUAAAGUCAAUUCUUUUUUUUUUUUCUUUUUUUUUCUUCUUCCCCAGGAGCUGUGGACUUCAGUCUUCCAAUGCACUCAUUUGGGUUCUAAGACAAUGUGCCCCCCCCCCCCUCAUCUCUAUUUAUUUAUUUAUUGAUAUUUAUUAUGGCUCUUCUGCUCAAACUUUUCAAAGACCAAAUAAAGGAUUGGACACAGAUCUAAUCCACUCCUCAUCCAAGCUGCAUUACGCUAAAAAUCUUUCCUUGUGAUCUCCACACACCUCAAUGCCUUUUUACAGGCAGUGUCUUUGUUUUUUUUUUUGUUUGUUUUUUUACAUUAUUAUUUUAAAUUUUUUUUUGUUUUUUUGGCGGCCAUUCGUCCUCAAAUGCGUUCUUUGCACAUUUAACCCCAUCAGGUUCCAUAACACAGACACAUUCCAUCCUUCGGGGUAGAGAGAAGGGAAUAGCAGUAAGAGGGUUUAAAACCCUUCCUCUUAAAUGGAUUUUUCAGCAUGCUUUUUGGUUCUUAACCCGGCAUGUAGAGUACUGUAUCGCAUAUUGUUGCAUGGCAGUUCUUAUAGAUCGGCCACCGCUGUGUGUAAAAGGGCCAUUAUCUUUUCAGUUUGUUCAUCUUUGACGAAAAACCUUUAUCAAUGCUUUACCUGCAGCAGAACUUGUACAGGGUGUGGUGCAACCAUUAAUUGCUUGAAAUGACAGCAGUUGUAUUUUUAUUUUCUCUUCUAUCAAAAUCUGCAGUGUCAGAGCCUGCUGUAUCAGCCACGCUGGUCUGGCCUUGUGUGCACUAUCAGCUCCUUUCCAUGUAGUGAAUCUUUUCUCUGUUUCCAGUUUAUUUGCACUAUGAGAUUUUGGAGCUUCAAGCUUUUUUUUUUUUUUUUUUUUGUCUGACCUUUAAAAUCAAGUCCAUUAACUCACUUGGUACCAUUAAAAAAAUUGUGAUUGAAAUA